AUGUUCUUCUCCAACGUCAUCGUCACUGUCCUUGCCGCUCAGGCCCUCUCCCGUGAUGGUCGGGCAUCUCUCCCCAGUGUUGGACAGCUCGGAGCUUUGAUGGCCGCUGGAGCCCUCCCAGCAAGUGCUCUGCCCAUCUUUGGAAGCAUUGAAGCCCGAGAGCCUCACCACCAGGGAGGCCAGAAUAAUGCCGCCCAGAACCAGGGACAGAACCAGGCUGCUCAGAACCAGGGCCAAAACCAGGCCCAGAACCAGAACCAGAACGCCAAUGGUAAUGCUAAUGCUGCCGCCGCCAACAACGGAUGCAACGCCAAGAGGGACGAGGAGCUUGUUGCUCGCCAUCACCAAGGAGGCCAGAACAACGGUGGUAACGCCAACGCUGCCGCUGCUGCCAACGGUUGCAAUGGUAAUGCCAACAACAAGCGCGACAUCGAAGUCCGCCACCACCAAGGAGGCCAGAACAAGAAUGGUGGUCGCAAGAACGGCAAGAACAAGCGCGAUCUUAAGGCUCGACACCACCAGGGUGGCCAGAAUAACGCCGGCAAUGCUCAGAACGCUGGUAACAAUGCUGGUAACAACGCUGGUGCCAACGCCAACAACAAUGGAGCCAAUGCCAACAACAACGCCGGUGCCAACAACAACGCCGGUGCCAACAACAACGCCGGUGCCAACAACAACGCUGGUAACAACGCCAAUAACAACGGUGCCAAUGCCAAUAACGGUGCCAAUGCCAACAACAACAACGCUGGUGCUAAUGCUAACAACGGUGCUAACGCCAAUGCCAACGCCGGCGCUAACGCAAACAACAACGCUGCAUGCAACGGCAAGCGGGACCUCUCUGCUCGACACCACCAGGGAGGCCAAAACAACGGCGGAAACGCAAACGCUGCUGCUGCUUGCAACUAA